AUGUUGGGUCCCUCCUGGGAGCCCCUGGCUCUAGCCUCCAUGUUGGGUCUGGAGGGCCCCUGCUGGGUGGGCCCAGGGCCAGAUGGAGGCCUUGCUGUGAGUGAAGAAUUUGGAGAUGUGAAGUUGUUUGGCAGUGCCCACCAGCCCCUGGGCUCCCUGGGCACUCUGACGGAACAUACCUUUGUCCAUCCAGCAGGUGUGUGCUUUGACUCAGAAGGCAGUGUAAUUGUGGCUGACAGGCAGAGACGUGAGGUGACCCUGUUUCCUCAAGUUGGACCACCCAUCUCCCUGCUGCUGGAGGGGCUAGAGCAACCAAUGGGGCUGGCCUGUGCCCCCUGGGGCCAGCUGGUGGUAGCAGAUGCUGGGGACAACAGCAUUAAGGUAUAUCAGUAUCUUAGGGAGAUGGCCUGA